AUGACUUGUAUGUUAGAUAGACCAAUUUUGAAACGUGUAGAAACUUUUGAUCAAUCUCAAUUUGAUAAUACAAAAAAACCUACCUCCGGGAAUAAAACCGAAACAUCUGCUAUUGCUAUUGUUAUGGACUCUAAUACCAAUAAAAAUGAAAAUAGCCAGAUCUCUCAAAUUUCAAAUGAACAAAGUUCCUCUAAAAUUGAAACAGAGUCAAAAAAUUCCGACCGUGAAUAUUCUGAAAACAUCAAUUAUUAUCAAAAAUAUAUUGAAUUGCUAAAAGAAAAUGAAAAACGUAAUGACUUCAGAAAAUUAAUUGAAAAACAAAUUUUAAAUAUAAGUUUAGAUAUAGAUCAACAAAAAACCAUUGAGGAAAUUAAAAUUCUGGAGGAGAAUAAUCACAAGUUGAUUAAAGAAAAUGAAAGAUUGGUUAGAGACAAUCAAGCUUUUACGUAUGAAUUAGCCAGAUAUCAACAUGAAAUAGAGCCACAAGACAAAGAAAAAAUUAAAAAUUUAGUAAUACAAAACAUUACUUUGUCUAAUGGUCAAAGAAUAAUUAAGGCACUUUAUGAUAAGAAAACUGCUAGUUUGAAUGCAGAAAAGGAAAAGGAAAGACUAUCCUUCAAUGAGAAAAUUAGAAAGUUAGAAAAAGAAAAGGAAAGUAACAAUGAUAAAUUACUGCAAUAUAAGAAUUAUGCAGACAAUAAGAUUAGUGAGCUUGAGGCAGAUAUUCACAACAAAGUUGUUAUGAUCGAGGCUAUAGAAAAAUUGAAAAAAGAAAAUUCAAUUGAUCAAUCUGCAUUAAAUUUUCAAGAUGAAAAUAAUUCAGCUCAACUUUCAACUGAUAUAAAUUCUUUACAGAAUAAUCUUGAGAGAUAUGUUACUACUUUAAAAGGCAAUAUAAAAAUUGAUAAUGAUAAAAUUCAAGAAUUAUAUGGGAAAUAUAAUUUGGGUACUCAAAAUCUAACAGAUAAAAUUUUGAUGAAGUCAGUUUUACAACAUCAUGUUUUAGAAAAAACUCUUGAAUGUGUAGACAAUUAUCUUGAAAUUAAAGAUGAUGAUGAUCCAAAUGGUCCUUAUAAUCAGGAAAAAUAUAUAGUAUACUAUACAAAUAAAUUAAUAUUUCUUCUUGAAAAAUUUUAUAAUGAUCAUUUUAAACAAGAUAAUAAUGUGAUCAAAGCUAUUCUAACAAAAAUACGCCAACAAGUUUAUGGUAUAUUAGGUGAGUUUGGAUUCUCAGAGGUGACUUGUGAAAAUAAAAAAAAUCAACAUGUGCAUCCAUUUAUGUUGCUUGUAACACAGCAACUUAAUCAAUUAAUGUCAGGAUAUCGUUAUAUCAAAGAUGAUACUAAAAGAAAGAAUGUAGAAAACAUGGCAGGGGAUCUUAUUAAAGACAUAGUUAGAAUAUUCAAGUUUCGUUUAUUAGCUCAAGAACCAAAAUGUGAGGCACAUUGGUUUAAAAAUAAUGUGAAAAUAAAUACUCAAGUUAUGAAAGGACGAUGGCAUGAUGAUUGUUUGGAUGAUUGUGUUGUGGAUAUUUGCUAUUUUCCUUUGAUUGGAUCAGGAUUGAAUGACUUGAGUAAAAAAAGUUUAAUCACAGAUGCUACAAUGGAUAUGUUUAAAUUUAGAACAAAAAGUGGUCCAAGGAUUGAAAACCAACCUCUCCUAUCUUCCUCAUCAUCUGUGCCACAUGAGAAGAAAACUGAAACUUCAAAUGAUCAAAUAAUAUCAGAAAAAAUUAACACAAAAUUUGACACAACUAUUAUAUAUGAUAAUCUACAAGAUGCAAAUUCUGAUGUUAAUUCAGUAAAUGAUAAUAAUCCAGGAAAUGAUAUGAUCAAAGGACAACUUGGCAAAAAUAAAAAAACCCGUAGAAAAAAAAUUAGAACAAAUGGGCUGAUUUUUACACCUCACUCAAAAUAA